AUGCACAUCCUCUCGAGUCAACCACUUGGUUCGGCCAAGGAGAAUGAUGAGGUGCACACCGUCGUGCUCUGCUCUGGCAAGCACUUUUAUGCACUCCAGACCUAUUUGCAGGAACAACUGUCCCCUCAGGCUGCACGUCAUUAUGCCUUCAUCCGUAUCGAACAAUUGGCCCCAUUCCCGAUAGUUGAGUUGGCUUCAGAACUUAAACGCUAUUCGGGAGCCAAACGCUUUAUCUGGAGUCAGCUCAAUUCUGGUAUCUUGUGA